UCCAGCACUGACUUAGUGCCAGGAGGCCACCGUGUCAGCAAGCUGAGAGGGAAACUGAGGCAAGAUGUCGGGCCGGAGCGGGAAGAAGAAAAUGUCCAAGCUGUCACGUUCAGCCAGGGCUGGGGUCAUCUUCCCGGUGGGGAGGCUGAUGCGUUACCUGAAGAAAGGGACGUUCAAGUACCGAAUCAGCGUGGGUGCUCCCGUCUACAUGGCCGCAGUCAUCGAAUACCUGGCAGCGGAAAUUCUAGAAUUGGCUGGGAAUGCCGCAAGGGACAACAAGAAGGCCCGGAUAGCCCCAAGACACAUCCUGCUGGCAGUUGCCAAUGAUGAAGAACUCAAUCAGCUGCUAAAAGGAGUGACCAUUGCCAGCGGGGGUGUCCUGCCCAGAAUUCACCCUGAACUGCUGGCCAAAAAGCGAGGGACCAAAGGCAAGUCGGAAACUAUUCUCUCCCCUCCCCCAGAGAAGAGAGGAAGGAAGGCCACGUCGGGCAAGAAGGGAGGCAAGAAAUCCAAGGCUGCCAAACCACGGACGUCCAAAAAGUCCAAACCAAAGGACGGCGAUAAAGAAGGAACUUCAAAUUCCACCUCUGAAGAUGGGCCAGGGGAUGGAUUCACCAUCUUGUCUUCUAAGAGCCUUGUUCUAGGGCAGAAGCUGUCCUUGACCCAGAGUGACAUCAGCCAUAUUGGCUCCAUGAGAGUGGAGGGCAUUGUCCACCCAACCACAGCCGAAAUUGACCUCAAGGAAGAUAUAGGUAAGGCCUUGGAAAAAGCUGGGGGGAAGGAGUUCUUGGAAACGGUAAAGGAGCUUCGCAAGUCCCAGGGCCCUUUGGAAGUUGCUGAAGCUGCCGUCAGCCAGUCCAGCGGACUUGCAGCCAAAUUUGUCAUCCACUGUCACAUCCCUCAGUGGGGUUCCGACAAAUGUGAAGAACAGCUUGAAGAGACCAUCAAAAACUGCCUGUCAGCAGCAGAGGACAAGAAGCUGAAGUCAGUGGCGUUCCCGCCCUUCCCCAGCGGCAGAAACUGCUUCCCCAAACAGACGGCAGCCCAGGUGACCCUCAAAGCCAUCUCGGCCCACUUUGACGACUCGAGUGCAUCCUCGCUGAAGAAUGUCUACUUCCUGCUCUUCGACAGCGAGAGCAUCGGCAUCUACGUGCAGGAGAUGGCCAAACUCGACACCAAGUAGCCGCCCCACACCCGCCCGGCGGGGCCACGCUUACCAACAGGAAUCAGGAGCAUCAAAGUCGCAGGAGCCGGGUUUCAUUGUUUAAAAGGAGAGAGGAGGGGUGACGGCAGGGGAGCGGAGGGCAGCGGAAAGGGAAGCGGGUAGCAGAGGCUGCUGGAGCAGGUCCUGCCCACGGGAAGAGCCCUCUGCAUUUUAUAUUCUCGUUAAAAAGAGCCUCAGUCCGUAAUUAACCAGGUCUCCACGAGGGGUUUCUUUCCAUGUGUUUUCUUCCUGUUGUUUUAGAAAUUUUUUAAAAAACAGACUUCGUUUUAGAUUUAUAGCAUUGACUUUUACACACACACAAAAAUCCUUUCGAAAUUCUUAUAAUCUUCUGUUUCUCCUUUUUGCAAGGGAAGAGGGCAGAAAAGUGAGUCGGGCUUUUUGGCUGUCUGUGUUCAGUGAUGGAGAAAAUCAGAAAGGCAUCUCACUGGUGCUUUUCUUUCCUGUUUCAGUGCCCCCACCCCUCCCCCUGUAAUAUCUGUUAACUACUCCCACAAAGGUUUUGCUUCAGGCUUUUUUUUGUUGUUUUUUUUAAAGAAAAAGAAAAUGAAAAGAAAAAAUAAAAGAUCCAGUGUCUUUCUUA